AUGCUGCAAGAACCCAGCGGAGCAGCCAAGCCUUGCAAGUUGUACAGAUGCCCUGCUCGUGCAGCACCCGCAGAGCAGCCACAGCGAGCGACUUUUGGGGAAGUCCCAGGAUGCAGCACAUGCAUCUCCUCGGAACACAACCAUAGAGCACGAAGGGACCCUGCGCAUGUGCAGGCGCAGCGGAAGCCACCUCCUGAAGGCUGGCAGGCGCAGGCCGGUCAGCUCCUCACGACCCGUGCCACCCAGCGGAAGAGGCAAGAUCAGCGGAACCUGGCAGCCCUCAAGCGCUUUGGGGCAAAAGGCCUCAAGAUUGAGUUCGGAGUCAGCGCGACUGCGGCUCAGUCAGCAGCCGCUGAGGCAGUGGAAGGCACCAACCACUCAGUGCCAGUGUUCUUGACCGACACCAUCCGGGACUUCAAGGAGAAGCUCUCAGAUGCGUGCCGCAGGGAGUCGGAGUUCUGGCGAAACCGCGGCGAUGCGGAUGUCGCAACAAAGUUUUCAGACAUUGAGAUGAACCAUCGCUACUUGGUCAUGGCUCAUGUUCCGUCGAGCAAGGUCGUCCAGAUGCAGAAGAAGAACCUUCAGUCGACUUCGGAAUAUGCCCAUGCGCAGCAGCUGUCGCUGAAUGAUCCCAUGAGUUGGGUGCCCCUGGACUUCGAGAACGCCUUCUCGCAGUAUGUCAGCAAGUUCGGCUUCGGCCACGGCAAAGUGUCGCUGCGUGUGGUCGAAGGCACCGAAGGCUACAAGGCAGUGAACCCUCAUUACCAGGCUUGGCUGGAAGACAAGCGCACUACUACCCUGAAGGACUUGAACGAGGUUGAUCGCUGUUUCGGCUGGGCAAAGUUUGUCCACAAGGUGGAUGGCAAGCAGACGGCUGCAUCCGCAUCAUCCUCUGCCGAGUCCAGGGUGGAGAAGGUGCACAGGCCCGAGCCUGGCGAGUCAGUCGAGUGGCGUCCAGCCAUCAUCCGAAAGGCGAGGGACGGCAGGAAUGACGACUACCAGAACCGCGACUACUUUAGGGUCCAGUGGGUCCACGGCACGCCUGGCAACUCGGAUAACAACUUCUUGCUGCACAAAUCGGCCGUCCUCCUGGCACCCCGCGCGCCGAAGAUUGACGACAACACCCAUUUCAGGCAUCUGGAGGUCCUGAAACAG